AUGGCGACCCAAAGAGACGUAAGCGGCUUUUUGGCCGAACAACAAACCAAAAAUACCGGUGAAAUAGCUGCAGAAUGGAGUACUAUGGAGCAGUUAUACAACAAGAAAUUAUGGCAUCAGCUGACUCUCAAGUUGGGGGAGUUUGUCAAGAGGCCAUGCUUUCAAAAAGGCGAAGAACUUAUUGAGCUAUACAACAACUUCUUGUCAGACUUUGAACACAGGAUCAACCCAUUGGCCUUGUUGGAAAUCCUCAUUUAUGUGGUCAAACAGAUGAAAGACCCUCAAACUGCCCUUGAGUUCAUGGAAAAGGCCAAGGAAAGGGUCAAGUCCAGUGAAGAAGCCACAAUAUUAUGUAUGACUGUCAUAGCUAAUGUGAAACUUCUUCAAAAUGAUCUCCCUGGCACAAAGAAACUUGUUGAGGAAGCUCAGGCGGUGUUAGAUAAUAUCGAUGGAGUGGGACCAGUCCAUGGACGAUUUUAUGAAUUAUCGAGUAACUACUACAAAACCAUUGGCAACCAUGCUGCUUACUACAGAGAUGCUCUCCGCUAUCUAGGAUGUACAGACCUUGAAGAUAUUCCAGAAUCUGAACAAGUGGAGCGAGCCUUCAACCUCUCAUUAGCUGCUUUAUUAGGAAAGGGUGUUUAUAACUUUGGAGAGUUGCUUGCUCACAAGGUCCUUGAAUCACUGAAGAGCACAGACAGGCAGUGGUUGGUGGAUCUUUUGUAUGCAUUUAACAGUGGCAACUUGGAGAAGUUUGAAAGUCUUCGUAAAAGUUGGCAGGGACAGGCCGAUUUGGUUGCCUCAGAAAAGUUCCUUCGUCAGAAGAUCUGCCUUCUCUGUUUAAUGGAAAUGACCUUCAAACGACCAGCUAACAACAGACAACUGUCAUUUGAAGCCAUUGCUAAAGAAGCAAAAGUUCCUAAUGAUGAGGUUGAAUUACUGGUAAUGCGAGCACUCUCACUUGGCCUUGUAAAGGGACACAUUGACCAGGUUGACAAGAAAGUCCACAUGACUUGGGUACAGCCAAGAGUACUUGAUCUAACACAGAUCGGUACUAUGCAGCAACAGUUGAAACACUGGUGUGUAGAUGUGAACUCAAUGGGCUUGCUGGUCGAGGAUAAUGCACAUGAUAUCCUCUACACUUAGAGACUGGAAACAAUAUCAUUAACAUUAGAAUAUGAUGUGCUGAAUGGUUGCCAUUGCAGGAUUUUGACUACUUGUGAUCAAGGGGAACUAAAAGCUUGAUCAAGGGGAACUAAAAGCUGAAAAGGGGAACUAUAAGCUUGAACCUUUUCGGUGAUGUGAAUUUCACUUUCUCAUAUGGAAAUUUCAAGAACACCAGGACAGUGCUCGACUACAUUAUGUGUUGCCCAUAAAUGGUUUUGUCCAAAAGCUAGACUCCUAUCUUUCAGUUGUUAAAUAUCUGUUGAUAGAAGAGUCUGCCAAUAAAGUUAAACUGGACCUUAGACAAAACUUGUUAGCUUAAAAAUCAAAGUGUUUGUAUGUCGGACUGAAGUUUUUCUCUGUCGAGUUUGGUAAAGAUUACCAGCAGUGCACGAUGAAGGAUCUCUAUGAUAUUGUACUGCCUUGAAAUAUCUUGGUGAGAGCUCUGUGUGUUCUGACCAACUUUGAUAUUCAAGAAAUAUGUUAAAGAUUGUACAGUAAAUAAAUUUAA